GCUGUGAAUUUGUUCCCCUUUUAUGUGACAUGGCGUCCGAGAGGAAAGUUAGACGUUAAGCGGGCAAAACCGUUAUUACUGUUUAUAUGCAUAUAUGACGAAGCGGCUUUUUGUAGAAGCCAGAAAUCAUUUCUAGACACUUGCAUUGAUGGUAAUGCAUGCAAGGAAAACGCAACGGAUGAACGAUGGGUACUUCGAAAAGCAUCAGACCCAUCCCUACCAGAAUUCAAAGUAUAACUCAAAGAGCUACAGCUCGAGCGGUGAUAGGUACGAACGUAUUAGAGACUCACCCAAUGGAACUUACCGAUCGGAUAGUCCGGACUCACAAUCUCCGCGUGACCGGGACAGAAUCUACCAAUCUAAAGGCUCCUAUAUACAGAAAAUACGUGAAAAGGAGAGAGAAAACAGAGACUACAAGCCUACGAGAGAUAAAUAUUCAGAUUGUGCCAGAUCGCCGAAGGAGAAACGUAGGGAUUUGGAGUAUAGAACGAAUCACGACAGGAGCGAGUCGGGCGUAAAGACGCAAAAUUCCACGUUGCGCGACCGUAAGCCGAUACACAAUAAUUGUGUCGAUAAGAGGGAAGAACGCGAGAGGAUAACUCGAGUCGGCGAUUGGUCGGAGCAUAUCAGCUCGUCCGGUAAGAAGUAUUAUUAUAAUUGUAAAACGGAGGUGUCGCAGUGGGAGAAGCCGCGUGAAUGGAUCGAACGGGAACGCGAGAGGGACCGUUUUAGGAAUAGGGAGCGAGAUCGGGACGCUGAUCGUAAUUAUAGUAGCUCCAGUCGUUCGAGUGCAAGGCACGAAAAACAUUCCAAUUCACGAAGUGUCAGUAUCAGUAAAGAUGGAGCUAGAGAAAGCGCUACAGGUAGUCGCCACUGGAGUAGCGGUAGCAGUAGAGAGGACGGCGAUGUUACGAACAGAGACUCUCGUUCGUCCCGCAAGUACUCGGACGAUAACAUGCAGUGUAUGCAGGAUAUGGAUAUUUCGCCGGGCGACAGCACGCCGACGUCUGAAGUCUCUUACGCCCACCAAAAUCUCUCCAGUCAGCCCUUGAAUUUGGAACAGGGAUCCGUGGGGCCUGUACUGCUGGCGAACGCUUUGCCUCGUUUAGUUUCACAUCCGUUGCAAGUUCCAUCGACGCCGACGCAGACUAGUAGGCCCGAAGCGUCGCCGUUAGCGAGCGUUUCAACACCGGUCAUGGUACCGCCGCCUUCCAGUGUGACUACGUCGAAUGCACCCGGCCCGCCCGUCUCCUUGACGACGUUGCCUCGAAAUUUAUCUCAAGUACCUACCACCCCCGACGCUAACGAAGUCAAGACGCUACAAACUGUACAUAACGUGCUUGUGAUGACGCGACAGACGUCAGGUGAAAGUGCGCAUAUACAUCCCCUUACGGUUGAUACCAAUCACAAUGGGCCAAUGGGAGAAGGACCACCUACGCCCACUCACUCGGAAACUCCCGACUGUGCUAAAGUAACAGUACCAGUCGGAAGUCCGCCGGGAAGUGGCACCCUUUCAUCCUUGCAAGGAGUGUCCAGUUCGCUGCAAGCACUUAGACCUCAAGGUCCGUCAAUCACGCCAUCACUAGCGAAUCAUUAUAGGGAUGAUCUAGUAAAUCACGUUAGAGGUUGGCCUGCCGAUAUUUUAGAGAAACAGGCAGAAAAACUAGCUCAAGAAGCACACAUAAUGGGAAGCAUACAAUGUGCGAAGGUAUCGGCCGAAUUAAAAUCCGCUAGAUCGAUAGUUCGUUUAACCGAAAUUCAAGCGACACUGCAGGAGCAAAGAAUAUUAUUUUUACGUCACCAAAUCAAAACACUGGAGGAGAUGAAAUCGCAAAAUUCGUUCAUGUCAGAUGAAUCGUAGUGGUCAAGUACGUCAGCAGAUUAGUGUUAAUGCUAAACAGUUUUAUUUAAGUGAAAAGUAUGCAUAACGUUACUUUUAUUAAAUUAAAAACCGGUGUAUAUUUAUUAGUUUUCUACUAUGUUUCUGUCGGUUCGAGGGCCUGCGAAGGUUCAUCUGGCACUUUUAUUUAAUAAUUUAGAAGAAUUAAAGACUAUAGGUAAAUUACUGAAUAUGUGAGUUUCUAUUUGUAUUAUAAUGGUUUUAUCUUUUAGCUUUAGAGAAAUAAUAUACUUAGCGUAGUCCUUUUCGUAAACACCUAGAUGUACAUUUUCGUCUGCUGAAUAUUUAAAUAAAAUGUGAAGGUUUUAUUUUAUUACUGUAUUUUUUAAGUAGUUUUUUUUCAUUUGAUGUACAUAAGUAUUUGUAGAACUUGUUUUAAAUUUACUUCUGCUUAUUGUAGUUGUUUAAUAUUUAUAAACGAUCAUUAACUUCUUUUUGUACUUUUUUUUAUUAACCGAACAGGACGGUUCUACCACUACUUAUCCCUAAGCUACGCUAAUGGCCUACCUCAUUUUAUGCAUUUCCCAAUACUAGCAAAUACAUGUUUAUUUAUUUUUUUGUAAUUUUCUAAUUCGUCAAACGGCAAUGUACAUGUGGGCAUGGAGCAAUUGUUGUUUGAAAGGCACACUGGUCGGCCAUAGUUGGUGGUUCUUGUCUAAACCUUUUUUUUUUUGUUAAACCAAACUAUCUUUUUUUUGCAUGUCUCUUCUAAUUUUAUUUAAAACAAUUAUUAACGAAUGCCAACCUCGAGGAGUACCGCAAACAAAGGUAGUUUGGUAAUAUAACCCGUAUUCUAUUCAGUGUUGUUUAUAUUUUGUGGUAUAAUUAUUUUUAUUUAUCUAAUGUGUUAAAGGUACAAUUUUGUUAAAUUCUGAUUUUAAUUGUUGUUAUACCCUAUCCCUUGAUUUCUGCAAUCGUCUUGCUAAUUUGAGUUCCUUUUAUGGAAAGAUUGAACAAACGUACAGUUAUCUUUUAUGCAUAAGCACAAAAUAACUGGCUGAAGUAAUUUUUUUAUAGUUGUCUUUCAUGUAUUUUGCGUGCGUGUCACUGUUAUAUAUUUCAAAUGUUCCAACAAUUAACAUUAAAACUUUUUAAAUUAA